AUGGCCAUGAAUCUCUCUGCUGCCGUGGGAGGGGGUGCUGGGGGGAUGGGGGAUGGCGGAGGGAUAGGGGGAGGAGCAGGGGGAGGAGGUGGAGUGGGGGCGUAUGGGGGGAUGCUUGGAGGAGUGGGUGCUGGAUCAGCUGGGGGCGGGGGUGGAGGGUUUGCAGGGGGGAUGGGUGGGGGAAUGGGUGGGGGGAUGGGAGGCGGGAUGGGCGGAGGGAUGGGCGGGGGGAUGGGAGGGGGGAUGGGAGGGGGGAUGGAUGGCGGCAUGGGAGGCGGAAUGGGUGGUGGUGCCACGGGGCUUGGAGCGCUGGGCGGCGAUGUUUGGCCGUUAGCGGACCUGUGGACGGAAGUAGACGGGUAUGGCACAUUCGGGCACGACCUGAUGGAGAUUGGGGGAGGCGCACCUGGUGCAGGUGGUACUGGUGGGCCCGGGGCAGGUGUUACCGUAGGGGGAGGUAACACGGUCGCUGAUCUAGGACAGGCGGCGACCGGAGCAGCCUUGGGAUCAUCGGGUGGAUUAGAGUCCAUGGAGGGGCAAGCAGCAGCCAUGCCUAUGGAUACUGACGGCACUGCCGUUCCUGUUGCUGGUCCUGCCAUGCCCAUGGCCCCUCCUCCUGCUCCUGCUCCUGCUCCUCCUCCUGCUCCUGCUGCUGCUGCUGCAGCAGCGCCAUCACAACAAGAAGCAGCAGCAGGAGCGGCUGCAGCACCUGCGGUUUCAUCACAGAGCGACAAAGGAGGUGGGGGGCGAGGGAGAGGAGGGGCGAACCAGCGAGGAAAAGGGGCAGCAGCAGGAGCAGGAGGGGGAGCAGGAGCAGGAGGAGCAGGCGGAGGAGCGGGAGGAGCGGAGAAGGGAGGGAAGCGUAGAGAUGUGGGAAAGGAGAUUUUCAUCAAGACGCUGGCACCGGCUGUGGCCAGGUUCCUUAGUGCCAAUGACCCCUCCUCCCCCUCUGCCUCUGCUGGUGCUUCCCCCUCCGCGUCUGCUGCACCUGCUGCCAGCAGUGGUUCUGCUGGCGGAUCCGGAACAGGGAGGCAGGCCAAAGAGCAGGCUCGGACCGGAGGAGGUUCGGCGCUAGCAGGUUCGGCAUCCGCAGGUUCGCAUGGUUACGGGGCAAGGAAGGUGGUAACCACGGUGGAGGAGGCAGAUGCUGCUGGGCUGGAGGCUGCGAGGAGGGCGAGGGAGUCCCGAACCAAGGCUGCUGCCAUGGCUCGCAUGCUACAGGAGUCUGGCUACCUGGGGACUGGAGGCUCGGGAACUCCAGGUUCGGGUUCUGGAGGUCCGGGGACUGCAGGUUUGGGUAUGGGUUCUGGUGGGGUUGUAGGGUCGGGACAAGAAGGGCAAGCUGGUUCUGCAGCUGGUAAUGCUGCUGCUGCUGCUGCUGCUGGUUCUGGUGGUGCUGUUGCUGCUGCAGCUGCUGGUGGUGCUGCUGCUGGUGCUGCUGGUGGUGGGAGAGGGAGGGAUGCAUCUGGAGGUGCUGCAGCUUCAGUUGCUGCAUUGACUGGAUUUGAUUCUGACUCCGAUGGCCCGUUGCCUGAAAUUUUCGGUUACUGUAGUUUCUUGUUUGCCACUCCCUCCCACCCCGUCAUCGCUUCUCCUCCCCCACCAGCUGUUGCCUCACCCUCCCACCUCGUCAUCGCCUCUCCCUCUCACCCACCUUUCCAUCGUUGCUCCCUCCCACCCCGCCAUCCACUCUCCAUUCCACCCCACCAUCCCCUCUCCCUCCCACUGCGCCGUCGCCUCUCCCUCCCUCCAGCCGUCGCCUCUCCGUUCCUCCCGCCGUCGACUCUCCCUCCCUCCCGCCGUCGCCUCUCCCUCCUCCCCGCCGUCGCCCCUCCUCCUCCCCGCCGUCGCCUCUCCUCCUCCCCGCCGUCGCCUCUCCUCCUCCCCGCCGUCGCCUCUCCUCCUCCCCGCCGUCGCCUCUCCUCCUCCCCGCCGUCGCCUCUCCUUCUCCCCGCCGUCGCCUCUCCUCCUCCCCGCCGUCGCCUCUCCUCCUCCCCGCCGUCGCCUCUCCUCCUCCCUGCCGUCGCCUCUCCUCCUCCCCGCCGUCGCCUCUCCUCCUCCCCGCCGUCGCCUCUCCUCCUCCCCGCCCCUCUUCCCCGCCGUCGCCUCUCCUCCUCCCCGCCGUCGCCUCUCCCUCCUCCUCGCCGUCGCCUCGCCCUCCCAUCCGCCGUCGCCGCUCCCUCCCAUUCGCCGUCGCCGCUCCCUCCUCCCGCCGUCGCCUCUCCCUCCCAUCCCGCCGUCGCCUCACCCUCCCAUCCCGCCGCCGACUCUGUCGACAGAAUGAACGUGUAG